AUGAGCGAACCUGAUUUCGACGAUGAAAUUCCUUAUUCCGCCUCUUUCCCCCUUCCUUUUCGGGUCCUCGCUCUCGCCGGAAUGGGCAUAUUGGGAUGGGCUACCAAUUUACACGGCCUCGAUAAAUUCGGUAUAGAUGCACCUAUUGUUUUGGAACUUAGAACGAACGACUCUCUUCCCAGAACAACUCCGAGGCGUGAAAAUUUCCGACUCGGAACCCAAGCUCCUUCAUCCCAUUAUAAAACCAUAUAUCGCCUCGCCGGUCUAUACUUCUCAUGGUUUUUUGGGACGUGGACCAUCUAUUUGUUUUUUACGCAGCGUGAUCCAAAGGUCGUCGACGUGUACGGUUUUCUACCAGGACUUCUCACGGUUGCCAUUAUUCUCGUUCUUUUAUGUCCAUUCGAGGUGAUGUACAAACAUGAACGCGAUAGUUUUAUCCUAUCACUACGGCGAUGUUUGUUCAUCAGAAUGGAUAGCCCAGUGUACUUCGCCGAUGUCGUGUUCGCGGAUGUGUUGACAUCGUAUGCGAAAGUUCUCGGGGAUGUGUUUUUAAUAUUCCGGAUGUUAUAUCCCGGAAAUAGUAUGCUCGUGAAGCCUGUAGACUCUGGUUGGAUCAGGUGGCUUGCGCCAACUGUUAUGAGCCUACCAUUUUUCUUACGUUUACGACAAUGCGUCAUCGAAUGGACUUCGUCAAAUAAUGAAAGCAAUCGACCGCUAUAUAACGCUGUAAAGUACGCGACAGCUUUCCCUGUCAUCUUUCUUUCCGCAGCGCAGAAUAUAGUCGAAUCUGAAGUUCGGGAUGGUAGGGGGAGUGAGGCCAGUAAUGGGUCAUGGCACGGUGAACAUCCGCUGUUUAGACUAUGGCUAUUAGCUGCGGUGGUCAAUUCGUUGUAUUCAUACUGGUGGGAUGUGAGCAAUGAUUGGGGACUACACCUGCUCAAACCUAGUGAACUAUCCGCCAAGCUUCAGCCACCCAAGCGCCUCAUUCUCCCUCGUCUCCACUCUGGCUCUUCUCUACUCCGGCCAUAUCAUUCGGAAGGCAUUUCAACAGAGUUGAAUGGGGGACGCUAUCCUUAUGGAUUUCGGGCUCCUCUUCUCUAUCCCAUACUAGUGUACCCCGUUAUGAUCUUCCUGAACUUCGUUCUGCGCAUGACCUGGACCAUCAAAUUGUCAAGCCAUCUCCAUUCGAAAUCCGAUGGUAGCAUGACAUUUUUCUUGAUUGAGGUGGCGGAAAUAUUUCGCAGGUGGAUGUGGGUAUUUUUCCGUGUGGAAUGGGAAGCCAUCAAAAGGGCUCAAGAGAAACCGGUCGGGGGAAUCAGCGAUCGUGGCUUGACAGAGGACGUGGUUGACUACGAACUGUUUCCUCCCACACCUGAAGAGGUUCCUACGACUGUGAUUGGCCUCGCACCGGCCCCUAGAGGACUUAGUUGA